CCGGAGCCGGGGGCGCGGAGCGGGCAGGGAGGCGAGGCGCUGGAGCGUGGGGGAUCCGCGGGGCUACUCACCUCGGCCCCACCCCCGCGGUGGGUCCAGGCCCUGCCUGUCCCGGCCCCGGCUGGCGGAGCCGGCGCUCGCGGCUGCGGGCGGUGCGCUGUAGCGGGCCCAACCCGCGGCUCCGAGCGCACUGGGAGGGCGGACCUGGGGUCGGACCCGCUGCCCUCCCCCCGCACUGGCCUCCUGCCGAUCGCCACCACCCCUAGCCUCUCCAGCUGAGCUCGGCGCCCCAGAGAGGAUUAAGUAAGUGCUGAGGUCGCAGCUUCUGUGCAAGAAUGGAGGAAUCGCCGAGUCGCAGAGGCGGGGAUGGGGAUUGGAGCAGGGAGGACUGAGGAACCUGGUGGAGAACGCACCCAGGGGGGGCGGGAAGCUCCCUUUCUCCCAGGAGGUGGCAGCCUGCAGGCAUAGCAGGGGCCACUGGCUAGGACACUACCCAUGUCAGAAGCAAGUUGGCAAGUUGACUGACCACAGGCAGUCUCUCAGCAGCGGCAUGGACUCCAGGAUCCCGUCUGCCAGGGGCUGGCUCAGCAGCCGCCUGCCCACCACGGAGCCUGACCUGAAGCCUGCCACAGAGGGGCCAGCCUCUGAGACCAGCACCCUCAGCACAGAAGCCACCAGCUUUAAUGACACUAGAAUCCCUGAUGUGGCUGGUGGCACAGCUGGCGUGGGCACAAUGCUUCUGUCCUUUGGGAUCCUCACGGUGAUUGGCCUGGCUGUGGCCAUGGUUUUGUACAUCAGGAAGAAGAAGAGGCUGGAGAAGCUCCGCCACCAGCUCAUGCCCAUGUACAACUUUGACCCGACGGAGGAACAAGAUGAACUGGAGCGGGAGCUGCUGGAGCACGGGCGGGACGCCGCCUCCAUGCAGGCUGCCGGCUCUGCGCAGGCCGCACAGGGCAAGACCAUGCUCCCCUCUCAGGGCCCACUGCAGAGGCCCAGCCGGCUGGUGUUCACUGACGUAGCCAAUGCCAUCCAUGCGUGAGUGGCCCGAGGACAGGCCCAGACCUCUGAUGAAGACAUCUGCCAUCGUGCCCCUUGAGCUGCCCCCUCCGUGAUUGUUAAGACCCACUCUCAGGACCUACCAGCUGUUUCAAGGACCCACCUGCUGACUCUCCAGGCUCUAAGAGAGGGCCCAGGCCAGGCUGGACAUCUGGCUACUGAGGUCCCCUGGCCUAGAGGGCAUCCCUCAUAUCAGGAAGUUUGAGAGCCACUGCUGGCUUCCUUGUGUCCUGCCCAGACCCCUCACACCACCGUCUGCUCCUCUAAUGUGGAGGAAGUGGGGGGAGACAUGGGAUGGGAGGAGGAAGGGGAAGAGGUAGGGCAGGGUUCCCCUUUUCAGGGAGAAAUCUGUCUCUGGAAUCUGCAGCCUCCUCUGGAGUAAGGAGGGGCAAUCAACCGGGUCUUGGGGACAACGUGUGAUGGCACCCUGGGAGAAGCCCAGGGAUGGAACACUAGAACUGCCUGGUGAGCAAAGAUGCCAGGAAGAGGGCUGCUCCUACCCAAGGCCCGUCUGUAUUUUGGAGGGUCCACGAGGCCUCCCAGCCACCCCUCCUGGCAGCCGGCUAUUGGCUGGGAAGGGAGAAAGGAGGCGGGGGAUAGAUGUACAGGUGCCCCUGGCAGGUGUGUGAAUGUGUUCAUGUGCAGGUGUAUGUCCCUGUCUCGGCACAGGGUAGGAUGGAGACACUCUGCAUUAGCUCCGCCCUCCAAGUCCACCCCCGCCCUUGACGAGUCGGGGGAGCACCAGGAUAGGCCACUCUCUUUGCCUCCAGUAUUCAGGGACUGAAAGGAGAGGGAAGCCAAGGUCAAGGUCCUGCUGCCCACCGCAUCUCUUCAUUGGGCUCUACAAGCCAGGUAACCCGCUUCUGAAAACAGUUCCCUGUCCGUUGUAUAUUGGGGAUCUAGGGUUGUGGGAGAGGCUACUGGUCUGAGGGCACUGGUCCCAAGCUGUGGGCUAUUUGGGGACAUUCUGACUGUGCCUGAAACGGGGUGGGAUAGUCCCACGGGAAACAGACUUAUUUUUUGAUAGCACAGCCCACCCACCCCUUGUCCACCCACCCGACACCCCUCAGAAAUUCUUUUGCCAGUUUGGGGUAUCUGGGCAAGGCAUGGGACCAAGCCAGACCCCAAGAGCUGGGCCGUCUUCUCCUCUGGGCAUGCACGCACACACAAGCACAGAAGCACGUGCCC